UCGACCGAAGAGCACCACGCGCGCGGCGCGUCUAUGAUACCACUUGCCCAUUCUAGGGCUUGUCGGUAUCUCCUCGCCGCUCGCAUUCUGUGCUAGCAGUAAGCCGCAAAUUCAGUCCACUCAGCAGUCACCUAGUACUGUAGUGAGCGCAGCAGCGCCGUUGCCCCGCCGUGUCAAGCGCGUUCUAUACAUACAGUCAUACCAUACAUACGCUUCAUGACAUCCGUUUCGAUUUCCGCUAAGAGCUUUCACUCUCUUGCCCGCUCGUGUCGUCGCGCCCCACAUCUCCCGCGCGAAUGCACUGUCCCCGCUAUCGCUUCCAACGCGGUGCCCGUUGUUUCCGCCUCUUCCGCCGUUUCUCGCUCCGCCACCAGUUCCUCCCCGCGCUUCUUCCCCCGUUUCUCCCCGCAUCCACCGCCAUUCAGAGUACUCUCACAGCCCUCGCAAGCACACCGGACCUCGCUAUUAGUAACAAUCAUGAGCCACCAGCAGCACCGCCGGCAGCACCACGACGGCCGGCAGACUGAAGGCGGCCGCCAGAUUCAGCAAGAUUCCUCCCAGCAGCAGCGGGAAUCACUUCGACAGGCCGCCUUCCCCGUGUCUGUAGCUGACGGCCGCCGGUUCCACAACCUGCUAGCCGACUACGACCCCUCCCAGGGUGCUGUGGCGCGAGACGAACAGAGAGCCCGGGACAUAGGGGUCCCAGGAGGAGGAGGAGGAGGAGGAGGAGUGACUGUAACGGGGGAAGGGCGGGGGGAGGAGUUCCGGGGGGAGGAGGGGAAGGGGGAGGAGGGGAAGGGGACUGCAGGUGCGCGGAGCUGGGUGGGUUUGUCAAUGCCAGGUGUCAGGAUGUCAUUGGCUGUUCCGUCUGAGGAGGAGUUUCUUCGAGCGGGGCUGGAGCUGAAGGACCAGGUGGGGCUGUCUGUUGAGUCACUCAAAAGUCAAUGGCUGAAGGACCAGGUGGGGCUGUCUGUUGAGUCACUCAAAAGUCAAGGGCUGAAGGACCAGGUGGGGCUGCAUGGGGAGAUAGUUGCCGCCACAUGGAGCAACGGAGCUCCUUCCCGCAGGGUGCGAGACCCCUUCCUCUAUGUCGGGCUGCUGGGAACCGCAUGGGUGUGCUUCAGAGCCUAUCAGGCCACGGGGGAUGCUGCUGACCUGACGCUCGCUGCUGACAUCAUCCGGGCUGCUGCUGACAUGGCGGAACGCCAUCGAACCCAUUACACCUUCUACUGCGGGCAACCGGGCAUUCUAGCAUUAGGAGCCGUCAUUCACCAUCAUCUAGUCCAGCACAACCAGCAGCAACAGCAACAACAGCCCCAGCAAUACCUCGAAUCCAAUCCCUACCUCCGCUCCUUCCUCCACCUCCUUACCUCCGCCCUGCCCGCCCUCUCCCUCCUCCCCUCGUCCCCCACCGACACGGCGCCAGCAACCGUCCCCCACGAGCUGCUGUACGGCAGAGCCGGCAUGCUCUGGGCCAUUCUCUUCCUGCGGAGUAACCUGCCAGUCGAAUUAAGGAAGAAAGCCCUUCCUCUGGCACUUGCUCGCCCUAUUGCCGCUGCCAUUGUGGGCGCUGGCCGCUCUCUCGCAUCGACCUACCAUUAUGACGGUACUCCCCCGCCUCGCUACAUGUAUGAGUGGUACGACACACGGUACCUGGGGGCAGCACACGGGGUGGCAGGAAUAGCGCAUGUGCUGCUGCUGCUGCGGCAAGAGGAACUGGAGGAGGAGGAAGAGGCGGGUGCCACAGCGGAAUCACCGGGCGUUUCGAGUGGCCAAACAGCGGAGGGGCCAGCAGGAGCAGCAGGAGGAGAAGGGGCGAGCAUUCCCAGGGACAGAACGCUGGAGGAGGCAGCAGAAGCAGCGGUCUCAAUGCUUGAGUACCUAGUUGCGAAUCGCCUGCCAUCUGGGAACUACGCUGCGAGUGACGCGGAGAGCAGGGUCGCUGCUGCUGCUGCUGCUGCGCUCAGGGAAGGGAGUGCAGGGAGAGGAGAGCCCAGGGAGGUGCGGGAGGCAGAUCGGUUGGUGCACUGGUGCCAUGGUGCUCCGGGUGUGGCACUGGCUCUUGCUCAUGCUGUCAUGCUUUACCCCUCCAAGCCACAUCUCCUGCAGGCAGCCAUCGAGGCGGGAGAGGUGGUUUGGCACCGGGGCUUGCUGCGCAGGGUCGGUCUCUGCCACGGCAUCAGCGGCAACGCCUACACCUUCCUGGCUCUCCACCGAGCCACAACCGCAGGCUUGGCAGCAGUCCCAGCCACAUGUUUGGUAACAGCUGCUGCCAAAAGCACAGUAGCUCCUCCUCCUGCCACGUCAGCAGUGAUGACACGUCACCUGCACAGGGCACAGGCGUUUGCCGGGUUUCUCCAUGCCAAAUGGCGCCAGCUGGCAGAGGCAGGGACGCUGCACUGUGGGGACCACCGAUACUCCCUCAUGGAAGGCCUGGGUGGUCCAGCUUGUCUGUUUCUGGACAUGAGCCGGCCCAACGAAGCACGGUUUCCUGGGUACGAGUUGUAGAUCUGAUCUCAGCUCACAUAUGUUCCCUCCUGCUUGGAUUUGACUCUUGAAAGUAGCUCGAAAGGCCUUGUGGGUAGAUGAUUGCUUGUACAGGGGCAUAGUGAG